AUGCACACGCCAAACCUGGAGAAGUUGGCUCGAGAAGGGGUUAUUCUGGACCAGCACUACGUCCUUCCUACUUGUACCCCGUGGCACUUGGGUUACUGUGACUGGUCACUGACCCCGACUCGUCGUGGCUUCGAGACUUUCCGAGGUUUUUACGUGGGUGCACAAGAUUACUUCAACCACACGGUGUCCGGAGGCAAGACUAGCCCACAGGCAAAUGGAUACGAUUACCGGGACUGCGACAACGUAGACUACUCGGCUAAGGGCAUCUACUCCACGACGCUCAUAGCAAAUCACGUUCUGGAAACGAUCGACGAUAACUUCAAACGAAACAGUUCCAUGUUUCUCUACGUGGCCUUCCAGGCUGUGCACGCUCCAUUGCAGGCGCCAAGUGAUUACCGCACCAUGUGCUCAAGCCACGCAAACAAGAAGCGAGUGAAGAUAUGUGAAAUGUUGGCCAUCAUGGACCAUGCCGUGGGACUCAUCGUUAAAAAGCUGAAGGAAGUGAAAAUGUGGAGGAACUCCCUUCUCGUCUUCAUGAGUGAUAAUGGCGGCCAAGUGCUCUACGGUGGUAACAACUGGCCUCUUCGUGGGAACAAGAACACGCUAUAUGAAGGAGGAACAAGAGUACCGGCAUUCGUUGCGGGACCUCUGCUCAAGAGAAACGGCUAUAAAAGCUCAAGUAUUGUGCACAUCGUCGAUUGGUUCCCGACGCUUCUGAGUGUGGCUGGUGCAUUGGAGAACAGCGCUUUGGAGGAAAUUGAUGGUAUCGACCAGUGGUCAGCCAUGAGGGACGGAGCAGAGACAGGACCAAGAUCGGACUUUAUUUACAACUUGGACUGCAAGAACGGGAAGCUUGUCGGAGCAAUAAGAGAAGGAGACCUCAAGCUAUUUCUCAGACCGUCGUCGGCAUUUAGCGGCUGGUAUCCAGAGCCCGAGGCUAAUUAUGACAGGGUGGAAACGAUGGGAAAUGUGUCGUCCCCGGCGCUCUACAAUAUCACCGCUGACCCCAACGAGACGGUGGACUUGUUCUCAAAGUUGAAGAAAGAAGCCAAGCGUUUAGAGGCCAAGUUGGGGAAACAGGUCCGCCUGAUGGUGCCUUCGCAAAGUCCGGACGACGAACCCAGAGGCAUACCAAGCCAGCAGGAGCCGAAAGGAACGUACAGUCCCGGUUGGUGCACGGCCCCCGCCUGGAACCAGCCUGAUACAGGGACACCAUGUUCCAGUUGUCACUGCGACGUAGCGAAUACUUAAACAAAGUGUGUCCAUAUUUGUCAUUAGAGGGACCUCGGAAUGUCUCGAUUCUUCAUAUAUCAAUAACGGCAGGGUUCGGGCACUUGUCCAGGAUGUCGUACUGAGACUGACCUGCAGAAUACUUACUACUGUAAUU